CUGAAGGAAUUAGACCGGAAGUGUUUCUGAGUAGCCGGGAACAUGGAGUAAAUUGAAAAGUGAUCGCUAUUUCUUGUUUUAUCUAACAUGCUAAUUGUAAUUCUGUAAUGUAAUAUAUGUCGGCACACUAGCUGGGUUAUAAACCAUAAAAACCGUUAACAUUAUAUGGCUGUAUCGACGCAAUUCAAGGGCUCACUCUGAAUAAAUUUUGUUAGCUACCAACUAAGCUAGCUAACAAGCUAACAAGCUAUUGUUGUUACAGCUCACAGGAAACUGCGCACAACAAACCGAAGAAACUUUAAAUAUAAUAGUUUUAUGCUUAUCACUCUCCUUGUUUUAACUGUCCAAACGGUAACUUAUAUUUUGUCGUCAUUGUUGAUAUUUUUUAUGCUAAGAAUGGUUAAAAAUCUCCUCUAAACAGACAUUUCGUUGCUAAAAUAUGGACAAGUCCACAGUAGAUAAAUGUUACAUCUGCCUGAGUCAGUUUGAACAGCAAACUGUAGGCUCUCUGGACAACUGCCAGCAUGUGUUUUGCCUUGAAUGUAUCCUCCAGUGGUCCCAGACAGCCAACACUUGCCCGGUGGAUCGGAUCACUUUUGCCUGCAUCCACCAGAGACGGUGUCCUGGAGGGGACAUUCAAAAGAAGAUCGAAGUGAGGACACCAAAAAAGGCUGAUGAUGAAGAGGAGGCGAGGGAUGCUGUUAUCUGUGAGGAAUGUGGACGGAGUGACCGCAGGCACCGGCUGCUAGUGUGCAUACACUGUGAUUCAGGGUAUCAUAUGGACUGCUUGACACCAUCAUUAAACACAGGCCCUGAAGGCGACUGGAUUUGUCCUGAGUGUGCAGUCACUCCCCAUCAUACAGACGACUCCAUGGUGGAGGAGAUCAGUGAUGGAGAACUAACAGAUCUCCUGGCCGAAGUAGAUGAAACUGCUCUUACUAGCAGUCGCCUUCGGCCCUCAACAAUAAAUCGUCCCAGCAGCUCCACCGAACGACGGCACAGCGCAAGGAUCCAGAACAGAACCAGCAGCAAUCCUAAUCCUCGCCCACAAACCUCCAUGCAUGUUCCUAAAUACCUGAUACGAGCAUCAAGGCCUGCAGUCACAACAAAUGAAGUGACUGCACCUCAGCACAGUGAUGCCAGCAAUACUUCAGCCAACUUAAAUACACAGAAAAGAAAACGGGUUUAACUUGAGCUCCUGACACCAACAAGCUGAGAGGAUGUUGGAAGACGGUCGUCACUGACUGGUACAUGUCUCAGAAGUGACCACAGGGUGGCAGCAUUGUGUUAGGAGUUAGGUUUGGUAUGACCGUAAAACUCAUGUGAAAGAACACAUUUGCUGAGGAUUAUAUUCAGUGGCAGCUUCAUACACAAGGUGUGCAGGAUGUGGGAUUUACCCAAAGUAAACUACAGUGUAAACUGUUUUGUAAGAUGAUCUCAUUCAUAGUAAACCACCUCUAAUCUGCAAGAUAUACAAUCAUGUUAAGGGGUCAAUUUUGAGAUGUUGUGGAAAUUAGAAGUGGAGUGCAAGCUUUUUACAACAAAACUAUUUCAUGUCUUUUUAGUACUAAUUGUAAAACAAAGGAUAAAGAAGAAAUUAUAGCUGUUCUUGCAUGUCUGUGGGACUGUACUUAAGCACAGCAGAGCUUUGAGCUAAAUGCUAACAUCAGCAUUUGUCCUAUGGGGACAGUGAGUGCUUGUAGCAAAUUUCAAGUAAAAAUCAAGAUGGUUCACUGAUAAUUUCACUGUUUCACUGGUGGUAAAUGAGAAGUCAGGACCUCUUAAAUGGCAGGUUUUUGUCAUAUAGGCUGAAUAUAAUUAUAAUAAUACUAAAUUUCUUGGUAGUCCAUCUAACAGUCAUCAGAAUAUAAACUCAUUGUUCACAGUCACAUUGGCAGGGGUACUGUUGCGGGUGUAGACCUCACAGGCAGGUGGACUUUAUGUCAGACAAUCAAAGAGUAAGACUUCAAACAGGAAGCAGCUCCUCUGAUCGUCUGCAGGAUUCCCUUAUCCCGCCUCUCUCAGUCAGCGCCGAGCCAUCGCCUAGCAACACCAGCCUCAGUGAUUUCUCCGGGUGUCGUGCAGCCAAACACAAGAGGAGGCUGUCUCAGUCUCACACACACUCUCAGAUAGGUUGUUUCUCAUUGUUUGAUAUUAAAUCCACCCUCUGAUGUCCAUAAGCAUUGUACAGUAUGUUACAACAAAAAAAGACCCUGACGUCAUGAAAUAAAUCCACAGAUAUUACUACAUUUAUCUAACUGAGGCUAGGACAUGUGCUUAGACACCACCUUACUACUGCACAUUGAUUCCUGAUAUAGUAAAGUUAUUGUUGCUCAUGGGUAUCCAGUCUCUGCUGAUUUGUGUGUGUGUUGUGAUUCAGUGGGUGGGGACGUAACAAGCCUGCAGCUCAUCUUGUCCUACUUUUCCCCCAAAACAACGUGCACAGAGAAACAAAUGUUCACCUUCAUUGGCCAGACAUGUUUGCUGAGCAGAAGUGUUGAAUUGAACAAAAUGUCCUGGUCGAGACACUCUAAGGCGUGUAAAACCAAGUGUACAUAAUAAAGCACUCUCAGUUUC